GUUUUACUUGUCAAAAUUUUAGUGAAAAAUAUUUUAAACCUUUUGGACAAUUAAUAGUGUAAAUUUCCCUGUAUUAUCGUCAUGCCUACACAAACGAAACGUGGUAGGGUCAAAAGACCAGGAGCGAGGCCAAAUGCCACUUAUCGACCCAUUAUCAUGCCGCGACCAAAUAUGCUGCGCUAUGCACCUUAUGAGGAGCGGCUUUCACGGGCUAGCUUUAUCCUUAUUGUCUACAGCACGUCAUUGGUUUUUGCACUUCUGGCACUUUUGCAAUGGGAGGCAGUGGUUUUGGCCCUACAGGAAACAAUUGCGAAAGUUAUUUAAUGACAAUCGUUAUAUUUUCAUUGGUCUGUUUCUCAUUGCUGCCGUCUUGUUUACCUUGUUUAUACUCAUCAGGGCUCUGCGACAUGUGUUAUUAAUCAACUGGCUCAUAUCAAUUCUCAUUGUUGAGUUUUUCAUACUGGGAGCUGCAGUGCAAGCCCCUCGAAGUCAUCCCAUAUACAUGGUAUCCUGUAUAGUGAUCAUUCUGUUGCUGUUCACUGUUUUUAUUCUCAUUGCUUCAUACAUGUAUUGCGAUCUGACGGAACAGGUAGCCGCAUUGUUUCUGUUUUGUGUUGUGUUACUAUUCGUCAGCUUAAUUAUGCUUAUGAUAUUUGUGUUGCCUCGUCAUUGGGAUACGUUCCAUUGGGACUACCACAGCCGUAUUGCCUACUAUUACUUUGAUGUCUACAGGAUGAUAUUGUCGCUGAUUGUUUUGAUGUUUGUCAUGUACCAUGCACAGUUGAUCAAUGGCUGGCGAUAUGCCGAGUUGCGAACCAAAGAAGGGUUACUGGGAUCUCUCAUACUGUUUUCUUUCUUUCUCAUAAUGUACAUGCUUUGGUGUGAGCCGGGCUUCCUUGUUAAGCCAACAGUAUACUUUUCUUAUCAGAUUCAUGAUCAUAAGCUAAAGACGACGACGGCACGCACUACACCCGCCCCACAUAACACUACACUGGAAAGUACAUAGAAAAACACUGAGCUCGCAAGAAAACAAACUGACAGAGCUUUAAACUUACCGCUGCAUAAAAAUUAAAAACUAAUGUCAAUAAUAAUUUAAUAAAUUGUAUUUCAAUCGA